GACAGCUGGCCAUGUUAAACCAACUGGCCCAUUGAUACUUCCCUCGACGCUGAACAGAAUGACAUCUCCAUAUAUUAUUUAAAAACAAAUGUAGGGCUACAUUUGUUGAGUUUGAACUGCUUGUGAAAGUAGGCUACUGUUUUUUUUUUGUGUCAAUUUCAGCACAACGGGAACAGAAAGUGCCCCUAUGCAGGCUACUUGUACAUGUAGUCUGAGUGGCUUGUCUAGUUUACCCUUUGCACAGCGAGUUAUUUAAUAGUUGUUUAGCGAACUGAAACUUCACAUUUUCUUCUCAGGGAAUGCCUUUGCUUUAAACUACUUUGUUUGCUAACGUGGCAUCAAAUAGAAAGUGGUGUCGGUUGUAGUUUCUGAUUGGUGAACUUCGAGAGGUGGUGUAGCUGGUUUGGCUUGUGUACUAGAGUACUGUCAAAAGAUCUGGAGCUGUCGCAUAGCCAGGCUGGUCCGAACUCUCACUAAAAUGUAAGAGGCAUACGUGUCUGUAUUGUAUUCACCUGCCCGUCCUUAAUUAAACUUCAACAUGAGUGGCGAAAAUGAAAAACCCGCCUUGGUUUAUGGCGAAAUCAACGACAAUCAAAAUGUGUUAGAUCUGGAAAAAAUUACAAUUAUGAAGUAUGCCGUUGACAGCGAGGACGUGCGCAUGGAGCACAAGAUACGACUCCAGAACAGCGACGAUACAAACCAAACCAUCAAACUAUACAAGCGGCGAUGGUUCAUCGUGUUGCUGUUCAGCUCGUAUUCUCUCUGUAACUCGUUCCAAUGGAUCCAGUACGGAAUUAUCAACAACAUUUUCAUGAAGUUCUACGGGGUAGAUUCUUUCACUAUAGAUUGGAUGUCUAUGAUAUACAUGUUGACUUACAUUCCCUUCAUAUUCCCGGUCACCUGGUUACUGGAUAAGAAGGGGCUCCGUGUCAUUGCGCUGGUUGCUACAGCCAUGAAUUGCGCGGGGACUUGGAUCAAAGUGACCAGUGUGAGACCCGACCUGUUCGCGGUCACCAUGUUCGGACAGUUCUGCUGCUCCUUUGCGCAGGUGUUUAUCCUCGGGAUGCCGUCGAAGAUCGCCUCGGUGUGGUUCGGAUCGGAGGAGGUGUCCACCGCUUGCUCCAUCGGGGUCUUCGGAAACCAGUUGGGUAUAGCCAUUGGCUUCCUGGUCCCUCCCAUCCUGGUGCCUAACAGUGAGGACAUGGAUCAGCUGGCCUAUCACAUCAGUAUCAUGUUCUACAUCACAGCAGGAGUUGCUACGCUGCUCUUCAUACUGGUCGUCAUGGCGUUCCAGGAGCGUCCGGAACUCCCUCCUACCCAGGCCCAGGCCACAGCUCGCUGUAUCCCUCCAGAACAGUACUCCUACACCGCCUCCAUCCUCAGGCUGCUCCGAAACAAACCCUUCCUCCUCCUCAUUCUCACAUACGGACUGAACGUGGGCUGCUUUUAUGCUGUGGGCACGCUACUGAACCGCAUGAUCAUCGAGCACUACCCUGGUGAAGAGUUGAAUGCAGGGAGGAUAGGUCUCACCAUCGUUAUCGCUGGCAUGGUGGGAUCACUGAUCUGUGGUAUCUGGCUGGACAGAACCAAAACAUACAAACAGACUACCCUGACGGUCUACCUCAUGUCCUUCGUAGGGAUGUUGGUCUAUGCCUUCACCCUCAGUCUGGGACAUCUCUGGGUAGUCUUCCUCACCGCUGGAGCUCUGGGGUUCUUCAUGACAGGCUACCUGCCCCUGGGCUUUGAGUUUGGAGUGGAGCUGACCUACCCCGAGUGUGAAGGCACCUCUUCAGGCCUGCUCAACUGCUCUGCACAGGUGUUUGGUAUCAUGUUCACUAUCUGCCAGGGGAAGAUCAUAGAUAACUACGGGACGCUGGCAGGAAACAUCUUCCUCUGCGUCUUCCUCUUCAUCGGAUCGGUCCUCACAGGCUUCAUCAAGUCAGACCUGCAGAGACAGAAGGCCAACCAGUUAGCCAAGGCUGCUGAACACGGAGAGCUCUCUGGUCAGCAGCAGGACUACGGGGCCACGGCUCUAAUCAACAAGCCAGACUGCCCUUCUGCUUCUCUUCAGGCUUGAUCACUAACCCAUAUACCCUAUAACCCCUACACUCUUAGCUCGAACCUCAGACGGGCCAAGGUAGGGGGCACAGCCAACCAAUAAUCACCACACGCUUCCCUGUCAUUAUUCUCUUCGGAGUGAAUCCUAACUUCAGCUUUAGUCUCCCCAUUCGACAUCGGUGUCAAGUCUUAAGUUAGGAUUCACUCUCCUGUACACCUUUUGCUUUUGACCAAGAAUUUCCUGGAAGCUUUGUAGUGCAAAAAUAAUCUUAAUUUCCCCCCCCCCCAUUGGCUAAAAAUUUACUUUAGAUGAUCUAAGUUCUAGGAUGUUUUUGGGAAAUUAAAAAACGUAACCCUCCGCCCCUCAUCUGAAUCCUACUGCUGUUCUAUUUUCACUUCCCUCAACUCUCCACGCUCCAGAUUACAUGAUUAGACACAGGUUAUUUUCACCUACGGUAUGUUGAAUAAGAUGUAUGUGAUAAUCUUUUAACCCUUUAACCUUUUUGAUGUGUAGUUCCUAGUACCUGUAUGUGUAUAUUAAUGUAGCGUGUUCUUUUAGUUAUUUAUCUGCUAUGGUUACUCAAACAGUUGGUCUGCUUGUAUUUCAGACUAAUACUGCUUUUGCAUCAGGAUAAAAAAAUUUAAAAAAUCUGGUAACUCCAAAUUCCCAGAUUUCCUGAAAUCCCGGUUGUAAGAUGCCUCGGAAUCAGAAGGGAAUAAGCAGAGAAACCUCCAGUUGAGAUUGCUGGAAAACCUGGGAAAGUUAUUAGAAUUUUGCAACCCUAAUCAGAAUAGUCUUUUUAGUUGGAAUGUGAUUGGCGGAUUGUUUUUUUGAUUGACAGGUCCCGGCAGACCCAGAGGAUGGGAACAUCUCUGCCCCUGCAGUCCUCGACGAAACCAGGUUUUAGAGACGGACGAUCUGCUGGACACUCUCUCACACACAAAAAAUCACUAGUUUAUGACCACUUCCCUUUAACACUGUCCAAUAAGGCUGCAUUAACACUGGCAGCCCAAUUCGGAUAUUUUCUUUCACUAAGUGGUCUUUUGACCAAUCAGAUCAGCUCUGAAAAAGAUCUGACGUGAUUGGUCAAAAUACCAAUUACUGGGAAAAAGAUAAGAAUUGGGCUGCCUGUGGAAACGCUGCCUAAGAGUCUUCCACUAUUUAUGCCUAAUUGUGCAAAUACCAUUUCUUUAUUAUUUAUAGAGAAAUGUAUGUAUGUGUUGUGUGUGUGUGUGUGUUAUGUUCGCACACACACAGUGCCUUGGCUUAAAAUAUUCAGACCCCUUUGUCCACAUUUUAUUGCGUUACAGCCUGCAUUAAAAAUCCAUUACAUUUAGAUUUUUGGUCAUAAUGUCAAAGUUGAAAUACAGUACCAGUCAAAAGUUUGGACAUUCAAAGGUUUUUAUUUUAUUUUUUACGAUUUUCUACAUUGUAGAAUAAUAGUGAAGACAUCAAAACUAAGAAAUAACACAUAUGGAAUCAUGUAGUAACCAAAAAAGUGUUAACCUCUCUGGGAUAUGUGGGACGGUAGCGUCCCAAUUGGCCAACAUCCAGUGAAAAUGCAGAGCGCCAAAUUCAAACAAAUUACUAUACAAAUUAAACUUUGAAAUCACACAUUCAAUAUACAAAAUUGAAGCUACACUUGUUGUGAAUCCAGCCAACAUGUCAGAUUUCAAAAAUGCUUUACGGCAAAAGCAAACGAUGCUAUUAUCUGAGGACAGCAACCAAACACAGACCAUCAUAUUUCAACUCACCCGGCGCGACACAAAAUGCAGAAAUAAAGAUAUAAUUCAUGCCUUACCUUUGACGAGCUUCUUCUGUUGGCACUCCAAAAUGACCCAUAAACAUCACAAAUGGUCCUUUUGUUUGAUUAAUUCCGUCGAUAUAUAUCCAAAAUGUCAAUUUAUUUGGCGUGUUUGAUCCAGAAAAACACUGGUUCCAACUUGCGCGACGUGACUAAAAAAUAUCUCAAUAGUUACCUGUAAGCUUUGUCCUUACAUCUCAAACUACUUAUGUAAUACAACUUUAGGUAUUUUUUAACGUAAAUAAUCAAUAAAAUUGAAGACUGGAUGAUCUGUGUUCAAUACCGGAGGAAAACAACGUGUAGCAUGCUUUCUGGUCACGCGCCUCUAACAAACAGUACACUUCACUGGAGCCUCAUUCUGAACAGUGUUACUUCUUCAUUUCUCAAAGGAAAAACCUCAACCAAUUUCUAAAGACUGUUGACAUCCAGUGGAAGCGAUAGGAACUGCAGGAAGGUCCCUUAGAAAUCUGGAUUCCCAAUGAAAACGCAUUGAAAAGAGAGUCACCUCAAAAAAACAAAAACAAAUCUGAAUGGUUUGUCCUCAAGUUUCGCCUGCCAAAUAAGUUCUGUUAUAGUCACAGACAUGAUUCAAACAGUUUAAGAAACUUCAGAGUUUUCUAUCCAAAUCUACUAAUAAUAUGCAUGUCUUAGUUUCUGGGCAUGAGUAGCAGGCAGUUUAAUUUCUUUUCAUCCAAAAUUCUGAAUGCUGCCCGCUAUCCUAGAGAAGCUAAACAAAUCAAAAUAUAUUUGAUAUUCAAAGCAGCCAGCCUUUGCCUUGAUGACCGCUUUACAUACUCUUGGCAUUCUCUCAACCACCUUAAUGAGGAAUGUUUUUCCAACAGUCUUGAAGGAGUUCCCACAUAUGCUGAGCACUUGUUUACAGCAAUUCCUUCACUCUGCAGUCUGACUCAUUCAAACCAUCUCAAUUGGGUUGAGGUCGGGUGAUUGUGGAGGCCAGGUCAUUUGAUGCAGCACUCCAUCACUCUCAAAUAGCUUUUACACAGCCUGGCGGUGUGUUUUGGAUCAUUGUCUUGUUGUUAAGCAAAUGAUAGUCCCACUAAGUGCAAAGCAGAUGGAAUGAUGUAUUGCUGCAGAAUGCUGUGGCAGCCAUGCUGGUUCAGUGAGUGUUUUUAAUUUUAAAUAUAUCACUGACCGUGUCACCAGCAAAGCACCACCUCACCAUCUCCUCCAUGAUUCACGGUGGGGACCACACAUGCGGAGAUCCUCCGUUCACCUACUCUGCAUCUCACGAAGACACGGCGGUUGGAACCAAAAGUCAGACCAAAGGACAGAUUUCCACCGGUCUAAUGUCCAUUGCUCGUGUUUCUUGGGCCAAGCAAGUCUCCUCUUCUUAUCGGUGUCCUUUAGUUGUGGUUUCUUUGCAUGAAUCAGGCCUUCAUGGUCGAAUUGCUGCAGUCUCCUCUGAACAGUUGAUGUUUAGAUGUCUGUUAAACUCUGAAGCAUUUAUUUGGGCUGCAAUUUCUGAGGCUGGUAACUCUAAUGAGCUUAUCCUUUGCAGCAGAGGUAACUCUGGGUCUUCCUUUCCUGUGGCGGUCCUCAUGAGAGCCAGUUUCAUCAUAGCGCUUGAUGGUUUUUGUGACUGCACUUGAAGAAACUGUCAACAUUAUAAAAUAAUUAUUGAUUGACUUAUCUUCAAAGGAAUGGACUGUCGUUUCUCGUUACUUAUUUGAGCUGUUCUUGGCAUAAUAUGGACUUGGUCUUUUACCAAAUAGGCCUAUCUUCUGUAUACCCUCCUUCCUUGUCAUAAUACAACUGAUUGGCUCAAACGCAUUAAGAAGGAAAGAAAUUCCACAUGAACUUUUAACAAUUCACACCUGUUAAUUGAAAUGCAUUCCAGGUGACUACCUCAUGAAUCUGGUUGAGAGAAUGCCAAGCGUGUGCAAAUCUGUCAAGGCAAAGGGUGGCUACUUAGAAGAAUCUCAAAUAUAAAAUAUAUUUUGAUUUGUUUAACAUUUUCUUUUGGUUACUAUAUGAUUCCAUAUGUGUUAUUUCUUAGUUUUGUUGUCUUCACUAUUAUUAUACAAUGUAGAAAAUAGUAAAAUAAAGAAAAACCCUUAAAUGAGUAGGUGUUUCCAAACUUCUGACUGGUACUGUGUGUGUGUGUACAGACCGUAUGUGUUUUUUAGCGACAUAAAGUAUAUCUUUUUUCUCUCAAGGUUUCAGUAGCAUCGAAGUAUUACUAAAACGAUCCCAAAGACAUGGAACACUUUUCUAAAUGUAUCCAUUGAGCUUUUAGUUUUUGCUAAUCUUUGUCUUUUAAAAAAAAGAAGCUCAUAUCCCCUUGGAGAAAUGUUUUUACAAAUGCUGAUUGCUUGUAUAAAAAAAAUAUAAAUUGACAUAUUGAUGACAUAAAAAAAUCAUGAUUAUUUUUCUAAGGUGCAUUAUUGUUAACUUAAUGAAUGGUAGUAUUGAGGAUUGAGUAUUUUUUAAGCAAUUUUUUAAUCUGUUACUUUUAUAGUAACACAAAUAACUGAUUGUAUAGUUGUGUAUAAUAGUUCAUGUUGUUCAGUGAACAUGGUGUGCUUAUUUACCUGUUGAAUAGAUGUGUCUGACAUUUUGUUGUCAUAAAGAUUGGUGUCCUAAAGUA